GUCAUGGUUGUAUCGGUUAAAGUUUUUAAGAAGGCUACACCCAAUGGAAAAGUUACUUUCUAUUUGGGUCGUCGCGAUUUCAUUGACCAUUUGGAUUAUAUUGACCCCGUCGAUGGCGUGAUUGUGGUAGAUCCGGAUUAUUUGAAAAAUCGCAAAGUAUUUGGCCAAUUAGCCACCAUAUAUCGCUAUGGCCGCGAAGAGGAUGAAGUCAUGGGAGUAAAGUUCUCCAAAGAACUAAUUUUAUGCCGUGAACAGAUUGUGCCCAUGGGUAAUUCCAAUAUGGAAAUGACUCCAACCCAAGAGAAAUUGGUGCGCAAGCUAGGCUCCAAUGCUCAUCCCUUUACCUUCCAUUUCCCACCAAAUUCACCCAGCUCGGUUACAUUGCAACAAGAAGGCGAUGACUUAGGCAAACCCUUGGGUGUGGAAUAUACCAUCCGUGCCUAUGUGGCCGAUUCCGAAGAUGAUCGCCAACACAAACGCAGCAUGGUCAGUUUGGUUAUUAAGAAAUUGCAAUAUGCUCCCCCAACUAGGGGCCAACGUUUGCCCAGCUCGUUGGUGAGCAAAGGUUUCACCUUUUCAAAUGGCAAAAUCAGUUUGGAGGUCACUUUGGAUCGUGAGAUUUACUAUCAUGGCGAAAAAGUGGCUGCCACCGUGCAGAUCAAUAACAAUUCUAAGAAGGCUGUGAAGAAUAUUAAAGUUUUCAUUAUUCAACACACGGAGAUUACAAUGGUGAAUGCUCAGUUUAGCAAACAUGUAGCGCAAUUGGAGACAAAAGAGGGCUGUCCCAUAACACCUGGAGCUAAUUUGUCAAAGACAUUUUAUUUGAUUCCACUGGCAUCGAAUAAUAAAGAUCGUCAUGGUAUUGCUUUGGACGGUCAUCUUAAGGAUGAGGAUGUGAAUUUGGCCUCUUCGACUAUGGUACAAGAUGGAAAAUCAACCGGUGAUGCUUGCGGUAUUGUGAUCUCAUACUCGGUGCGUAUUAAACUUAACUGUGGCACAUUGGGCGGUGAAAUUCAAACUGAUGUACCCUUCAAACUUCUACAACCGGCACCUGGAUCCGUUGAAAAGAAACGCUCGAAUGCCAUGAAGAAAAUGAAGUCAAUUGAACAGCAUCGCAAUACAAAGGGUUACUAUCAGGACGAUGAUGAUAAUAUUGUCUUUGAAGAUUUUGCCAAAAUGCGCAAUAAUAAUGCGGAUGUGAUGGAUUAAUCCUUGAUGAAUUUGCAGCAUUUUUUUUAAAACUUAAAACUGUUACUAAUACUUUUUUCGACUUAAAAGGGGAAACAAUAUAAAACGAAAGCAUGUAGUUUGUUGCGGCACUUUUUAAAUCAUUAUAAUUUUAAACUGUGAAUUUGGAAUAAUGUUUUUGAAAAGUAUUUCAUUUAUAAUUUAAGUAUUGCGCGAAAAAAAUCUAAUAAAAAUUAUUUAAUGUUGAAAACAUUUAAAUAUAA